GUCUUGGCCUAAAAUUAGAGGAACUACUUUACUUUAACGUAUAACAUUAAUGUUGAAGUACUAUUUUCAUAGUAACUGCUUAUGUAACGGAGAAUAAUUUAAAUUUGAAUUAUAUUUUUAAACCGUAUUUGAGAAAAAUGUUUUGAAUCUAGGCUAUAAAAAUAGAAAUGACUCAUGAAUUGUGGUUUCAAAACCGAGCAAAGACGUUUAUUAAUGCAGACUCGUCAUGAGCCACCAGGGGUCCCCACGUCCUACAUUUGACAAGCACUGUCCUACAGGCAAGUUCCGUCUGCAGCAUUUAAAUAAUAUAAUUUGUUUAAAAAUAGAGCAGUCAGACAGCUUCUCUGAGAUGAAGCUUUUUUUAACUUUUGGUUAAUUUAGAGCUUCACCUGAUCACCUGAUUUUCCUAUGAAGACAAAGAUAGAUAUUGUUGUGAAUUAGGCGUUUUUGUCAUAGCAAAAUAAGUACAAUGUCACAGAAAGCUGAAUAUUUCAGUCCGACACUGCAGGGCAGCCACAUUUGAAUGUCAAAUGAAAUGGAGGACAAUUGCACAAACCACAGAAAGGUGGAGAAACUCAGAGAAUGAAAGACAAAACUGUGGUAGAUGAGAUGGUGGUGCAACAAAACACAAGUAAAGUCAAGAAGAAGUGAAUACCAUUUAGGAGAAGUACUUAACAAUACUGUGAGGGAAAUUCACUCAUUACAAAAACAGCUUCAGACAGAAACCAAAAAAAAAAGAGAAAGAAGUCAAGAUGAGUAAAACACACGGCCACACUGUGGUUGUGUGGGUAGCGAUCUUGCCUCACAGCAAAAAGUGACUGGUUUUCUGAUUUAAUCAUCUGUCGUCAACUCUAAUCAAGUGUGUAUUUACUAUGAACUACAUAUCUGGCUCUGCAAAGGCCUAAGAACUACUGUAAGUGGCCCCAGCGCCCCCUACAGGCCUGGUAAGGAUUAGGUGGUAGAAGAUAUAAAAUAAAUAAAUAUUUAAAACUUUAAAUGUAACUUAAAAUGUAAUUACUUCACUUUCCAACAGAUGUUUGUGAAUUUAUCUACCACAACAGAGUGGGAUAAAGAGGAGUCUUACCUAGCCUUCCAUUUUGUCAACUCGCUCUUCCUUUUAUCACUACUACAAUUACUACUAUUUUUCUUCCUUUUUUGGGUUUUAGUGGUGCAUUACUGCCAUCUACCAGGUGUACCACAGAAACGUCGCUACCAGAUAAAGUAAAUUCAUCGCUACAAGUAAAAAUGACUUAUGAUUUCUGCACACUCUAAUUUUUGCAAAAGGCAAAGUUACCUUGAAAUUUACUGCAAUACCCAAAUACUAACAAGCAGGUGUAGAUCAAACACGCAGUCCUUCAUGUAAACGAAGCUGGUGCCUGUGGAUAUCACCUGGGCGUUCCCUGUCCUGGCUCCUCCCCUCACUAAGCUCUGUCAGAGACACUGGAAAAUACAGGACACUGUGUUAUUUACCUUGACAGCAGCCACUUGUUUUCCAGGUGAUGAAAAUGGAGUAGCCUCCACUGUGUCGGCUGUUGGUUGUCUGCAGCUCAUUGGGCGAGAUGGAAAAGGAAAAGAGAGGAAACACAGCUCAGACCCUGACAGGGGGCCAUGAAAAAAUCGACUCCUACGGUUUCAGGAGACGCGACUUUGAGUCGUACACCGAGAUGAUGACUGGUUACGGUGCUAUCCUGAACAGGAGGUCCAUGAGGUGGUCUAAGCUUCUUCAGGAGAAGCCCCUCAUAGAGAGGAACCUGACAGUGAAGAGGUUUGUGCGUAAAGGCGUCCCUGAUGAGCACCGGGCCAGGAUCUGGAUGGUGGCCAGCGGCGCCCAAGACCUCCUGGAGAAGAACCCGGGUUAUUACCAGUCCCUGCUGGCUGUGGAGCACGACGCCAAGCUGAGGGACACUAUUGACGCAGAUAUGAACAGAACGUUUCCUGAUAACAUCCUCUUCCAGAGCAAAAGGGAGCCGAGCCUGCAGAGGGAGCUGCGCAACGUACUGCUGGCCUACGGCCACCACAACAAAGCAGUGGGGUACUGUCAGGGCAUGAACUUUAUUGUAGGCUACUUAAUCAUCAUCACCAAAGAUGAAGAAAAGUCCUUCUGGCUCAUUGAUGCGUUGUUGGGCAGAAUACUUCCAGACUACUACAGUCCUGACAUGUUGGGACUGAAGACCGACCAGGAGGUUCUUGGUGAGCUGGUGAAGGUCAAAGCCCCUGCAGUAGGACAACUCAUGGACCAGUAUCCCGGCAUAUGGACUCUGGUGGUGUCGCGCUGGUUCAUCUGCCUCUACAUUGAUGUCCUCCCAAUUGAGACAGUUCUACGGAUCUGGGAUUGUCUUUUCUACGAAGGCUCCAAGGUUCUUUUCCGUGUCGCACUGACCCUCAUCAUCCACCACCAGCCAGAGAUUCUGAGAGCUCGGUCUUUACCUGACGUGUGUGACUGCUACAAAAACAUCACCUGUGGAGCGUUCACUCUCGACUGCCACACAUUCAUGCAGAAAAUAUUUACAGAACCUGGAAGUCUCUCGAUGGCAACUGUUGAUAAACUGAGAGAGAAAUGCAGAAAACAAAUCGUGGCAGAAGAAUCCGGACGACCUUAAUAUUUUUGGACUCCCUGUGCUCCUAUGAAAAGGAUUUUUCUAUAUUUGGAAAAUAUCCUGGAGAUUUCCAACUAACCGAGAACUUUUUUUGACCUCAUCUUUGACCAGUACUUCAGGAUGCAGUAGCAGUAAUGGAUCCUUCAAAGCUACAACAGUGGUAAUACAGUAAUAGGAUUUCUCCUGUUUGCUUUGUUACUGUGUAGAUAGGUGUGUUUCACACCUGCUCCAGCUGUUAUGUGUUGUUGAUGAAACAUCAUCAACAUGUGAGAAAUGUCACUCACAUUCAAGGCAGAUAUUUUUACAUUUUGAAUUAAAACAAAGAGAUGAGAAACAUCUUAAAAGAUAAAAUAACUGGGAUUGGGCCCUGAGGAACUCUAUUAUAACUGUCAACUCUAUUUAUUCAUCAGGGGUAUAACUAGUACCCCUCCUGCUACAACCCAACUUGAGAUAGGGACAGACCAAGCUUAUGCCAUGACAAAUCACUUUUGGCUUGUCCUUAAGGGUCCGCAUAAUAGGAAUAAAUAUAUAUUCAAAAUUAAAUAUUGUCUCGACCAAAGAGUUUAAAAAGUAGGCAUAGAACGUGUAAAUAUAGGUGAUGUACUAAUGCUAAAUAUUUUACUUCUCAACUGUUAAAAAUAAAUUUGAACAACUGUUUGUGUUGUAAAUUCAUGGCCUAGUGGUGGAUCCCAAAAUGUGGGAAAUGUACCAUUGUUUGUCUUAAAACUGAUUUUUCCAACAGCUCCAGUGAUCAGUGACACACACCAAGUUGGACGGUUUUAAAAGCGCAUUUAAAUACAUGCAAAAAGUUGUAUUUAAAGAUCCACCGUACAAGUUAACAGUACAAGCUGAAUGGAGCGAAACAACGGAACAAAAUAACUAAAAUACAAUGCAAUGACACCAUUCACUACAAAAAUCACCUGUGACAAAGUUAAUUGUGACAACCAAAGAACUUUACGAAAGACUCGGAACGUAGAGGUAAAGUUUCACGUUUGUUUACUUUUAUUGACCUUCUCCUUUAGAAAACAGUUCAAAUGAAUCUAUUAAAACAAAUUUUUAAAUCACUACACAUAUUUAGAUGAAGGGAAAAGAAACAUUACCUUCUCCUUUUACAUCACACAAUUCAUAUUAAU